AUGACAUGCUUGGACAAUCUUGUCACUGAGCUCAGAGUUGUGGGUGAUAAGCCAGCAACAGUUAGUGACUUUAAUGGGUUUUCAAUUCCAAACCAAACUUUAUCAGAGGCCUUCUCUUUGGAUUCUUUUGUGACUACUUUGGCAAGGCUAAACAGUUUGAAAGUCCUCAGUCUUGUGUCUUUGGGCAUCUGGGGUCAACUUCCAGAUAAAAUUCAUAGGUUGUCUUCCCUUCAAUAUCUGGACUUGAGUUCAAACUACCUCUUUGGCUCAAUUCCACCCAAGGUUUCUGCAAUGGUGAAGCUUCGAACUCUUAAAUUUGAUGACAAUUUUUUAAAUGAAACUAUGCCCAAGUGGUUUGAUUCACUCUCCAAUAUUACAACUCUAAGCUUGAGGAACAACCAGUUGAAGGGUUCAUUACCAGAUCUUAGUAGCUCAAGCAGCUUACAUGUGCUGGAUUUGAGUGGGAACAAAUUGAAUUCUAAGCUACCCUCAAUGCCAAAAGGGUUGGUCAUGCUUUUGCUCAGCAACAACUCCUUCUCUGGUGAGAUUCCUAAGAAAUAUUGCACACUAAGUGGGCUUCAACACCUUGAUAUGUCACACAAUGCAAUCAGAGGCACACCUCUUGCUGCACUAUUCUCUUUGCCCAAUAUGAGUUACUUGGACUUGGCUUCAAAUUUGUUGAGUGGUUCCCUUCCAGGCCACCUAAUCUGUGGAAGCAAACUUGAUUACAUUGAUAUAUCAAAUAAUAGUUUGACAGGUGAGUUGCCUUUUUGUUUGAGAACUGAAUCAGAAAAGAGAAUUGUUAAGUUUGGUGGGAAUUGCUUAUCCAUUGGUAUGCAGCAUCAGCAUGAACUAUCAUAUUGCAAGGAAGUGAGCCCAAAGGAAAAACAAAAUGGAGGAAAAGAUGUAGGGAUCUUGGUGGGUGUGAUUCUAGGAUUAGUUGUGCUCACAGUGCUUUUGGUUUUAAGCUCUAUCAUUUUCUGUAGAAGAUAUUUCCCUCGGGGGAUAUCAGAGCAGCAUUUACUGCAUAAAUCAGUGGAAGAUAACUCAGCAGUAGGGCUCUCCUCUGAGAUUCUAGCAAAUGCAAGGUAUAUUUCACAAGCUGCAAAUGUAGGUAUACAAGGUCUCCCAGUGUGCAGGACAUUUGCUUUAGAAGAGUUGAUGGAAGCUACCAACAACUUUGACAACUCUGUCUUUUUGGGUGAAGGUUCAUAUGGGAAGCUUUACAAAGGAAGACUAUACAACGGGUCUCUAGUUUCUAUAAGGUGCCUGCCAUUGUCAAAGAAGUACUCAAUUCGAAACAUUAAACUCAGGUUGGAUCUACUUGCCAAGCUCCGUCAUCCGCAUUUGGUAUGCCUCUUAGGGCACUGCCUCGACGGUAGUGUACGAGAUGAUUACAGUCCAAACAAGGUCUAUCUUGUAUCUGAAUAUGUGCCAAAUGGGAACUUCCGUGCUCAUCUCUCUGGGAACAGUCCUGGAAAGGUUCUCGACUGGUCAGAGAGAUUGGCAGUUCUAAUUAGUGUGGCCAAAGCUGUGCAAUUCUUACAUACUGGAAUUAUUCCUGGUUUCUUCUGCAACCGAUUGAAGACGAACAAUAUCUUGCUAAAUGAGCAUGGCAUGGCAAAAUUGAGUGACUAUGGAUUGUCCAUUCUUGCAGAAGAAACUGAUAAAUCUAAGGCAAACGAUGGCCUUUCAUCAUGGCAAAUGACAAGUUUAGAGGAUGAUGCUUAUAGCUUUGGAUAUAUAUUACUUGAAGCUCUUGUUGGACCUUCCAAGUCUGAUAGAAGAGAGGCUUUCAUGCAAAAUGAUAUGGCAAGCAUCUCUUAA